AUGUCCUCGCCCGUUUACAACGAAGGAUACCUUUCCUCUGACAUUGAGAAGCAAGACCCAGCAGAAUCUCAUGUCCAAGAGCUCGAAAAAGACCAUUCGGUCUACACUACCACCACAGAGAUCUCGAGACUCUCCUGGGUUAAUCGCUUAGCCGUCAGAGUGAAUGCUGAGACAAAGGGUAUUGACCCUGUCACCGAAAAUGAAAAGGAUGACACCGACAUUAUGAAUGCUGCAACAAUGUGGUUCUCUAGCAACAUGGUCAUCUCCGCAUUCUCCUUGGGUUGUCUCGGUAUAUCUGCAUGUGGACUCAAUUUCGGAACCUCCGUUCUAACCAUCUUUUUCUUCACCCUUCUCGGUGUUAUGCCUGUGGCCUUCUUUUCGGUGUUUGGGGUCGAGCUAGGCCUUAGACAGAUGGUGUUGUCCCGGUUCCUUGUGGGAAACAUCACCGCUAGACUCUUCUCUUUCAUGAACGUCAUAGCUUGUGUUGGAUGGGUUUCCGUCAACACUAUGGCGUCCGCGUCGCUCUUGCACAUGGUAAACCCCAGUGGCCACAAUUGUCCUCCAUGGGCUGCCUGUUUGAUCCUUAUUAUGUGCACCAUUGUCGUCACAUUCUUUGGGUACAGGUUCAUUCACCUGUACGAGAAGUGGUCUUGGGUUCCGAAUUUUGCUGUUUUUCUAGUGAUAAUUGCGUGCUUGGCCAAGUCUGGAAACUUCACGAACGGUCCUUGGGGUGGUGGAUCCAAUACUGCCGCUGGUGUACUCUCCUUUGGUAGCUCCAUCUUUGGCUAUGCUGCAGGAUGGGCAACAUACGCCGCCGAUUACACCGUUUAUAUGCCAAGACAAACAAAUAAGAAAAAGGUCUUCUUCAGCGUAGUGUUAGGCUUGGGAUUACCAUUGUUGUUCACCAUGACACUGGCUUCUGCCGCCAUGGCAUGCACACAGACCAAUAAGAGAUGGGCGGAGUUAUACGCUUCGCACUCGGUAGGUGGCUUAUGCUAUGCUAUCUUGGUUGAAGAUUCCCUCUGGGGCUUUGGGUCAUUCUGCUGUGUGUUGCUAGCAAUGUCCACUGUUGCAAACAACACGCCCAACAUGUACUCUAUUGCGUUGGGCACACAGGCAAUGUGGGAGCCCCUUGCCAAGAUUCCUCGUGUCUUCUGGACUUUUGUUGGCAAUCUGGCUGCGCUAGCCAUCUCCAUCGGGGCCUACUACAAGUUCGAGUCAUUCUUGAGCAAAUUCAUGGACUCCAUCGGAUACUAUAUUGGUAUAUACAUUGCUAUCUCUCUCUCAGAGCACUACAUCUACAGACGCGGAUUCACAGGUUACACUGUAUCCGAUUGGAACAGAUGGGACAAGUUGCCAAUUGGCUACGCUGGAUGCGCAGCACUAUUUAUUGGAGCAUUUGGCGUAGCGUUUGGCAUGAGCCAAUCUUACUGGAAAGGUGAAAUUGGAAGGCAUAUUGGAAGUGGUGGAGCAGACAUCGGUUUCGAAUUAGGUGCCGGGUUUGCAUUUAUUGCAUACAAUAUCUGCAGACCUCUUGAACUAAAAUAUAAUGGUCGUUGA